ACCGCUACGUUUGCAGAGUGGAGGAAGAAAAGGAGGAUGGAAGGAAAAAAUACCUCCGUGAACCUUUGAACCGUCACAAGACUCACUUGAACCGUCUUCUUGAACAGUCACAAGACUAGGGUCGUAUACUUCCUAAUCGGAAUUGACUAUCACACAUACCGAUGCAGACGACCCGGUUCACUAUGGGAUCGCGAUAAAGUGAUUCGUUUGGAUAAAGAAAAUAAAAGGAACGGAAAACUAAGGGAAGGAGAGAGAGAGAGUUGCACCACAGCACUCUUCUAUGCUGCUAAAAGAGAGUCGUAAGGAACAGGAAACAGGGAAAAAAGCAAAAUAAGAGGCCAGCAUCUGUAGAACCAUCAUGUCAUCUGUUCAUUUCAAUCCAGGGACGGAUUCCAAAGAAGUUAAUGGUAGUGUAGAGAAGCUGGAGGAGGCUAAGGUGGAGAUAGACGAUGGGAAGGAUGAGAGUGCAGAACCUGAUACCAUGUAUCAAUAUAUUCGGAUGACGAUUACUCCUUUUGUCAUGUCCUUCGGAUUCCGUAUGUUUGGUGUGGUGCUGAUCAUAGUGGAUAUAGUGUUGGUGAUAGUGGACCUAUCUCUGAUGACGCGGAGCAGAGAUGUGGGGGACGCUCUGGAGACGAUCUCUCUCAUCAUCUCUCUGUUCUUCCUCACCGACGUACUGCUACGGGUCUAUGUAGAGGGGUUCAAGGUGUACUUCAGUUCCAGACUGAAUAUCAUAGAUGCCUGUAUCGUUGUCAUCACCCUGGUUGUCACUAUGAUCUACACCUUCUCGGACCUGACGGGGGUCAGCCUCAUACCCAGGGUGGUGACGUUCCUGCGUUUUCUGAGGAUUAUAAUCCUGGUCAGGGUCUUCAGAUUAGCCUCUCAGAAGAAAGAACUUGAGAAGGUCACCAGGAGGAUGGUGUCUGAGAACAAGCGGCGCUACCAGAAAGACGGCUUUGACCUGGAUCUCACCUACGUCACAGAUCGUGUCAUUGCCAUGUCGUUCCCCUCCUCUGGGAAACAAGCCCUCUACAGAAACCCCAUCAGGGAGGUGGCGAGGUUCCUCGAUACCAAACAUGAAGACCACUACAGAGUAUACAACCUCUGCAGUGAGAAAGGUUACGACCCCAAGUUCUUCCACUACAGAGUAGAGAGGGUGUUUAUCGACGACCACAACGUGCCUUCUCUAGAGGACAUGCUGAAGUUCACUGCCGGUGUGAGAGAGUGGAUGGCAGCUGACCCCAACAACAUCAUUGCCAUUCACUGUAAAGGAGGAAAAGGCCGUACAGGAACUCUGGUGUGUACCUGGCUCAUUGACAGUGACCAGUUUGAGAGCGCUCAGGACAGCUUGGACUACUUUGGAGAGAGGAGAACGGACAAGAGCCGCAGCUCCAAGUUCCAGGGAGUGGAGACCCCGUCUCAGAGCAGGUACGUGGGUUACUAUGAGGUGAUGAAGACUAAGUUCAACCGACAACUUCCUCCAGAACAGAGCCUGAAGAUCAAGAGCAUCCGCAUCCACUCCAUAGCAGGUGUGGGUAAAGGGAACGCUAGUGACUUGAAGGUGAAGAUCAUUGUAAAGAAGAAGCUGGUUUUCCUGUGUGUCUGUGCCAAACAAGAGAACUGCACGGUGUUUCCUGAUGCUGGUAACAACGCGGUGGUGAUCAGCCUGCAGGAGGGGCCUGUUGUCAACGGUGACGUUAAGGUCAUGUUUGAGUCCUCUGCUGGUCUCCCUAAAGGAUAUGAAGACUGCCCUUUCUAUUUCUGGUUCAACACCUCCUUUAUAGAGAACAACAGACUGGUCCUGUCUAGAGAAGAAUUGGACAACCCCCACAAAGCCAAGACCUGGGAUCUCUACAAGGAGGACUUUGGAGUCACCCUGUCUUUCUCUGAACCGUGACCUCUGACCUUUUUUAACCCCUGUCCAACUCUGAGCCUUUACCCCUAAUAACAAACCUAUCUGUGUACCAAAUAGCACUCUAUAUAGUGCACUGUCAGACCAGAGCCCCCAUGGGGCCUGUAUAAAACUAAAGUACUGUAUAGAAAAUAGGGUAGCAUUUUUUUUGAGAUUCAUGCCUUCUCUGACCCCUGAUAGUCCUGUCCGACCAAAGGGGUCUGCACCUCCUGAACUAGUCAAAGACACUCCACUACCAGAAAUGACUGACUAUGUCCCAAUCAUCUAUGCUCUCUCCUAGAGUGUGCACUCGUUCACUUCCUUCCUUAUCAUUUGAUUAAGAAAAAUGACUUGUAUAAGAAAUAUGGUAGAAACUCCACCAAUCCAACUUGGGGAAGCAGCGAAGGUGUGUGUACACCCUUUUUUAGGAGAAAGGCGAUUUAUUAUUGGGACAGAGUCUCUGGUAUCUGUUUGUACUGAGCCGUUAAACUAACAAAGGUCUAUCAUUAGUCCUCUGUGGUCAAAUCAAUGGAUUUUCUUUUAUAUUUUAUACAUUUAUGUUAAUAAAAAAAGGGAUCAUUUGGAUGUGAGGGAUGUUCAAUACUAAAACCUUAAAGAGGAUUGUUGUGGCCUUGGAAGAUUUAUGGGCCAGUUUCCCGGACAUACCUGUUUAGUCCAGGACUAGGCUUAAUCUAUUUAAAUUGAAAGUGCUUUUUUUUUUUUUUUUGUCCAGGACUAGGAUAAUCUGAAACCAGGUUUAUAAAUGUAACUUUGAAUAUUCUAUGCAAAUAUUCUCCUGUCAAUCCAAAGGGGUAUACUACAGAGCAAGAUCUAUAAAUUAGCAAACUAAACUUAAAUAUUUUUUAAAUAACUUUUGUAUUUUCUUUUCUUUUUAUAAGGAUAAAGUUGAUAUAGCCAUUGACUCAACAACCACAGAAAAAAAACACAUUUCUGAGUUGAUCUUUUCUUAAUGAAUCAGAAAGUCAAUAGAUAUUUCUUGUUGCUUAUCAGUUAGCUGGUAUGGUAGCUAACUUGUUGAUCCUGCAUUGUAGUAGAGUCCUCUAGAUGGAGAAUAGAAAACAACAGGUAUGGUAGGUGAGACAGACUGGGUUUCUAGUUCACUAAAAUAUCACGGUGUUUUCCAAUUUAAAAUAAAAAAAAACAUAUUUCCA